GGGAGGCAGGAGCUGCACUUUGCCGACGAGCAUCUCUGCCGUCCUGCUAGACUAGGCUACAGUAAUCACUGCCCCCGGAUCUGCGAAAAAUACACAGGGACUUCUCUGGAAAAGGCAGAGUUCAUCAAUGUAACUCCGGUCAGUCCGAAGCUGCGCCGUUUACCUGGAUAAGUCUAUCCCGAGGAGAAGAGACAGAAAGAGAGACAAAAAAAAGACAGAGACAAACGCGAGUGGAGUGUCGACGUAAAAUUGUGAAGGAAAAGAGAAGAAUAUGAUUGUCAAGCAGCACUUGAUCUUCAUCCUUUACAGCCUCUGUGCAAGCGUCUUUAAAGUGGCUGGGACAAAAAGCAAAGCGAAAGGUAGCCAAGGUCAGUUCCCCAUAACUCAGAAUGUGACAGUGGUGGAGGGGGGCACAGCCAACAUGACCUGUCGUGUGGAUUACAAUGAUAACACUUCCCUCCAGUGGUCAAACCCUGCACAACAGACCCUAUUCUUUGGGGACAAGAAAGCUUUGAGGGACCACAGAAUCGAGUUGGUGCGAGCCUCAACGCAGGAGCUCACCAUCAGAAUCAGUGACGUCAGCCUGUCAGACGAGGGCCAGUACACCUGCUCGCUCUUCACCAUGCCUGUCAAGACCACCAAGGCCUUUCUCACUGUUCUGGGAGUGCCAGGACGGCCAGAGAUCACAGGAUUCACCAAGCCUGCCAUGGAGGGAGACGUAAUCACCCUGACGUGCACCACACCGGGCAGCAAACCAGCUGCCAAUAUCCGGUGGUUCCGAAAUGACAAGGAGGUCCAAGGCACUAAGGAGGUGAAUGCCACAGGAAAAUCAUUCAUAGUGAGGAGUAGCCUCCAGUUCCAUGUGGACAGACGGGACGAUGGCGUCGCCUACACCUGCAGUGUGGAGCAUGUGUCUCUGUCGAACCCCUACAUGACAACUGAGGUCCUGGAGGUCCACUAUGCUCCCCAUCUGGAGAUCAAAAAAUCACUGAUUAUCCCACAGGAAGGGCAAUACUUCAAAUUGGAGUGUGUGUCCAUAGGCAACCCAAUACCUGAACCAGUGUUGUGGUCUAAAGAUGGAGGGGAGCUACCAGACAUUGAGCGUAUGAUUGUGGAAGGCAGGGAACUAACCAUCACCACACUAAAUAAAACAGACAAUGGCACAUACCGCUGCGAGGCCAGCAACCACCUGGGGACUGGCAGUGCUGAAUAUAUACUGUUUGUAUAUGCCAAAGACUUUCCAGGGCCUACAACAGAUCCUAAUGCUUUAGGACAACAUGGACCUGACCACGCUCUAAUCGGUGGUGUUGUUGCAGUCGUGGUCUUCAUCACCUUGUGUCUGAUAAUAGUUCUUGGACGAUAUCUGGCCAGACAUAAAGGGACAUAUCUAACACAUGAGGCCAAAGGAGCAGAGGAUGCCCCCGACGCAGACACAGCCAUCAUCAAUGCUGAGGGAAACCAUGUGCAUGCAGAGGAAAAGAAAGAGUACUUCAUUUAGACUUCCGUUACUCUUUUCCUUUGUUUCAACUUCUGACAGCAGACGUGCAAUUUUAAGCUGCCUCAGCGUCACUACAUGGUCUGUUUUACUUUCCUUAUUAUCUGUUGUCUUUUACAGAAAGCUCAUGCUUGGAUAUGCUUGUUUUCAAAGCAUCCGCUGACAAUAUAGCCUUCUCCUUUUGUAAUCAAUGUAACCCAUGUACAAUUGGAUUAUUUCCAUUUCAGUUUUAUGGUGCCUAAAUGCUGUAUAUUUUUCUGCAUUUCUUUUAUUGCUUGCUUUUCUUCUUCACGCUAUUACUUUUCAUGUUAUACAACUUUUGCAUAUUUUUUAAAAUUCAGAAUCAAUAAGAAACGUGCUUCAACUCAAGUUAGAGUCAAGUCUUAGCUUUUUGAAAUGUUUUGCUUCAAAAGCAGAAUAUGUUUAAACAUCAAUUUGUCAAACAUUAAACAGGAUUAAACAGAUGUUGCCUGGAGCAUACCCCACCACAGCCAUACUGCAUACAUUCAAAAUAUGAUAUGACUGACCAGACACUUUGACAAAACAAAACAUAGAAGCACAAUCUAUGUGAUUUGUUUCUAGAUGAAAUCAACUCCCUCUUAUCACUGUCUGUAUAUUUCUGCAUUGAUGUAUGAUUCUCAGUUUUCACUCAUGCUGUUGAUUUGUACCAACAGAGAACAAGUUAGAAAAUUAAAGCACAAAGUCUGAGGACUAACAUGGAGGGAAAACACAUCAACUGUUUCUUGUCUCAGGAUUCAAUAUGAGUCUAGAUGGAGAGAUGGUGUCAGACAUGUGAUGAAGAUUUCAGUACACUUGCAGUUAUCGUCAUGGAUGAGGAACUUUAAUUUUGGUUGCCGAUUUGAUGUAAGAUCAAAACUGAAUGAGUGGAACCUUGUGGGGGUUCAUUAUUUAUGUUGAAUUUUAUUGAACAACUAUGCUCAAUGUGUGGAUAUUGCUGUAAAAUACUUUGCUAACGUGAAUAUUGGUGAACAAUAUUGUUGAAUCUUGGGAUCCCUGACAUAUUACAAUUUGUAUAUUAGCAUAUACAGUAUUUAAAGUA